CCAGAGGAGAGGCGCGCAGAGACGCACGGCAGAGUUCUACACCGCGCUUUCAGCUCUGACUUAACCGGACACUGACAUCACAUUCAGUGCUCUCACACACACAAAGUGGGGGAUAAAGCAGGCAACCCCCCCACCCCCCUCUGAGUUAACGGGAAAAGGAUCUACGCCGGGAGGGGGGGUGACACACCAAUGUGAGCGACGCGCUGGGACCCUCAGGUGCAGAGAGAGAGAGAUCACACUGGCAGCGCUCUUAGGAUGCAGAAGUCACCGGUGGAAGAUGCGAACUUCCUCUCCAAAUUUGUCUUUUGGUGGAUAACACCGCUGUUGAGGAAGGGCUUCAAUAACAAGUUGGAGCUGUCAGAUGUGUACAAGGCACCCUCUUAUGAUCUGGCAGACACCCUUUCUGAGAGACUUGAAAGAGAAUGGGACAGGGAGGUGGCGUCAGCCAAAAGCAGGCCCAAGCUGAUGAAAGCACUGGCCCGAUGCUUCUUUGGCCCCUUCGCCUUUUUUGGUGUCCUCCUCUACUUUGGGGAGGCUUCCAAGGCUGUUCAGCCCCAGCUUUCAGGUCGCAUCAUUGCCUCUUUUGACCCUUUUCAUGCUCCAGAACGAAGUCAGGGAUACUACCUUGCCCUGGGCCUCGGUCUUCUCUUCACAGUCCGCUUCAUCCUCUUGCAGCCUGCCAUCUUUGGCCUGCAUCACCUGGGCAUGCAGAUACGCAUUGCCCUCUUUAGUCUUAUAUAUAAGAAGACCCUGAAGCUGUCCAGUGGAGUGUUGGAUAAGAUCAGCACUGGUGAGCUCGUCAGUCUGAUGUCUGCUCACCUCAACAAGCUGGAUGAGAGCCUUGGUCUUGCACACUUCAUAUGGAUUACCCCUCUGCAGUGUAUAUUGUGUGUUGGCCUGAUCUGGGAGCUGAUCGAGGUGAACAGCUUCUGUAGCCUGGCAGCUCUGACUCUGCUGGGCAUCGUCCAAGCCUGGCUGUCCAUGAAGAUGGGACCUCCUCGGGUGCAGCGAGCAAGACUCAUCAGCCGCCGUCUGGCCCUCACCUUAGAGAUUGUAGAAAACAUUCACUCUGUGAAGGCAUAUGGCUGGGAGGAGGUGAUGGAGACCAUCAUUAAGAAUAUCAGGCAGGGCGAGAUAAGCCUAACAAGGAAGAUCGGCUCUCUGCGGUAUUUCUACAGUGCCUCGUACUACUUUUCUGCCAUCUUGGUUAUCGUGGCAGCCAUCGUACCACAUGCGCUUAGUAAAGGGAUCAUCCUACGUCCAAUUUUCACAACAGCCUCCUACUGCAUCGUGCUACGAAUGACUCUCACGCGCCAGCUGCCAGGCUCCAUCCAGAUGUGGUAUGACACGCUGGCACUGGUCAAGAAGAUUGAGGACUUUUUACUGAAGGAAGAACACAGAGUGUUGGAUUACAACUUGACCACUGUCGGACUGGAGCUGGUUAAUGUGUCUGCAUCCUGGGAUGAGGCGAUUGGUGAGUUGUUUGAGAGGAUCAAGCAGGAGAACAAAGCAAAUGGACACCUGAACAGUGACAACGGACUCUUCUUUACCAACUUGUACAUUACACCUGUUCUCAAAAACAUAAGCCUGCACCUAGAAGAAGGCAAGAUGCUCGCAGUAGCUGGAUCUACUGGCUCAGGGAAGAGUUCGCUGCUCAUGCUGAUCCUAGGUGAGCUGGUGCCAUCGGAGGGUAAAAUCAGACACAGUGGUCGUGUUUCCUAUUCCUCACAGACAUCUUGGAUCAUGCCAGGGACCAUUCGUGACAACAUCCUCUUCGGCCUGACCUAUGACGAGUACCGCUACACUUCAAUUAUCAAGGCCUGCCAGCUAGAGGAGGACUUUGCUUUGCUGCCCGAGAAAGACAAAACACCCCUCGUCGAUGGAGGGGUGACCCUAAGUGGAGGUCAAAGAGCUCGCAUCUGCUUAGCCAGAGCUGUGUAUAAAGAUGCAGACCUUUACCUGCUCGAUGCUCCAUUCACCCAUCUGGACAUUGCAACAGAGAAAGAGAUCUUUGAAAAAUGUAUAUGUAAACUGAUGGCCUCUAAGACCCGUGUUGUGGUUACCAGCAAGUUGGAGCAUCUGAAACGAGCAGACAAAAUUCUCCUGCUGCACAAUGGAGACUGCUACUUCCAUGGCACGUUCUCAGAGCUGCAGUCACAACGCCCAGAUUUCAGCUCCCUUUUGCUUGGCCUCGGAUCUUACGACAACAUGAACGCAGAGAGGCGCAACUCUGUUCUUACAGAAACCCUGCGCAGAGUCUCGAUUGACGAAACUGCUAGUUUUCGAGGCUCUGAGCCGAUUCGCCAGUCAUUCCGCCAAGCACUUCCUCAAAGCCAAGCCGUCGGCGAUGGUUAUCCUGAAAAACGCAAGCAGUCACUUAUCCUCAACCCUCUGACAGCUGCCCGCAAGUUCUCAUUCAUUGGGAGCUCCCAGCAGACAAAUACCUACCAGGCCACAACAUUAGAGGAUGGAGUUCAUGAUCUUUCAGAGAGAAGGUUCUCUGUAGUACCUGAGGAUGAUCAAGUAGAAGAGGGGCUUCCAAGGAGUCCCCUGUACCACCAUGGGUUGCAGCAUCUGAGUGGGCAGCGGCGCCAGUCUGUCUUGGCAUUCAUCACUAAUGCUCAGGGUCAAGAGCGCAGAGAGCAGAUGCAGUCGUCCUUCAGAAAAAAGCUGUCCAUCACACCGCAGUGCAACCUGGCGUCUGAACUUGACAUCUAUGCCAGACGUCUGUCCAAGGACAGUGUUUUAGACAUUAGCGAGGAAGUGGGAGAAGAGGACAUGGAGCAAUGCUUUGCAGAUGAACGUGAAAAUGUCUUUGAGACUACCUCGUGGAGCACUUACCUCCGCUACGUUUUCACCAAUAGGAGCUUAAUCUACGUCCUAAUCUUCAUUGUGAUCGUCUUUGUCAUUGAGGUUGCUGGUUCAGUCAUUGGUAUUUUCCUAAUCACUGACAAGAUCUGGAGGGAUGGCGCCAACCCCAACUCUCCCAACUACAUCAGCGAGCAGCACCCCAAUUCCUCUUCACCCCCUGUCCACCUAGCAAUCAUCGUCACACCAACCAGUGCUUACUACAUCAUCUACAUCUUUGUGGCACAUUCGGAUAGCAUACUGGCCUUGGGGGUCUUCAGGGGUCUCCCUUUAGUGCACACAUUGCUCACAGUGUCCAAAAGACUGCAUGAACAGAUGCUUAGUGCUGUGCUACGAGCACCCAUGUCAGUGCUCAACAAAAUGAAAACAGGCCGGAUAAUGAACAGAUUCACCAAGGACAUGGCCAUCAUCGAUGACAUGCUGCCUCUUGUGCUUUUUGACCUGGUACAGCUGUCAUUACUCGUCAUCGGUUGCAUCUUCACUGUGUCCAUUAUGCGGCCAUACAUCUUCAUCGCUGCCAUCCCUCUAGCUGUUAUCUUUGUGGUCCUCAGGAAGUAUUUUUUACAAACUGGACAGCAGCUCAAGCAAUUAGAGGCUGAAGCUCGUAGCCCCAUCUUCUCUCACCUCAUCCUCUCGCUGAAGGGUUUAUGGACCAUUCGGGCAUUUGGGCACCAGGCUUACUUUGAGGCGCUCUUCCACAAGGCCCUGAACACCCACACAGCCACCUGGUUCCACUACUUGUCUACACUGAGAUGGUUUCUCUUCCGCUGCGAUGUGUUGUUUACCAUAUUCUUCACCGUUGCUGCCUUCAUCGCUGUGGGAACCAACAAGGACAGACCAGGGGAGAUUGGCAUCAUUGUAGCAUUGGCAAUGCUCAUCCUGGGGACUUUUCAAUUGGCUAUCAUCACCAGUAUUAAUGUGGAUGGACUGAUGCGUUCAGUGGAUCGGGUGUUCAAAUUCAUUGACCUGCCAUCAGAGGAGAAGCUGUUGGGAAAAUCUGGCGGUAGAGGAGGCUCCGACCUGGUCAUCAACAACACUCAUGUGCACGACUGUUGGCCCAAUCGUGGCCAACUGGACGUACAGGGUCUCACGGUCAAAUACACAGACGCUGGACGUGCCAUCCUCAAUAACAUCUCCUUCUCUGUGGACGGCGGGCAGAGCGUGGGUUUGCUGGGUCGAACAGGUUCAGGGAAGAGCACCUUACUGUCCGCUCUGCUGCGCCUCGCCUCCACAGACGGAGAAAUGUCCAUUGACGGCGUUCCUUCGAGCUCCGUCUCCCUGCAGACGUGGAGGAAGGCCUUCGGGGUGGUGCCGCAGAGAGUAUUUAUCUUGACUGGAACUUUCCGGAUGAACCUGGACCCAUAUGGACGUUACAGUGAUGACGAGCUCUGGAGGGUGGCCGAAGAGGUUGGUUUAAAGUCCGUCAUUGAGCAGUUUCCAGACAAGCUGGACUUUCAGCUGGAGGAAGGAGGCAGUGUCCUGAGUAAUGGACACAAACAGCUCAUGUGUCUCGCCCGCUCCAUCCUCAGCAAAGCCCGCAUCCUGCUGCUGGACGAGCCUUCCGCCUACCUCGACCCCAUAACUCUGCAGGUCCUGAGGAAGACACUGAAGCAAUCGUUUUCUGGCUGCACCGUCAUCCUGUCGGAGCACAAGGUGGAGCCGCUGUUGGAGUGUCAGUCAUUCCUGAUGAUCGACAACAGCUCCUUAAGAAGCUACGACUCCAUCCAGAAACUCAUGAACGACAUGAGUCACCUGAAACAGGCCAUGAGUCCUGCCGAGCAGCUGCGCCUCUUCCCAACGCUCCACCGCCUCAACUCCACCAAGAGGCCGCCACCCCAGCCCACCAAGAUCUCCCCCCUGCUCGAGGAAGCCGAGGACGAGGUCCAGGACACUCGACUCUGAACGGCCAGCUCAACACAACACACACACGGACAGAAACAAGCGUUUGAUCCAGUUUGUAUGCUGAUUUUUGCGUCACGAUAGCCUGAAAUGAUCAGUGAGAGCAUCUCAAUCACUUUUUGAAUUAUAACUUUUAUUUUAACAUAAAAAUACCAGAUGUAGCUUCUUAAAAACAUUUAAACUACUUUUAACAGCUCAUGAACACUUAACAUGUUCAUCAAUUUAUUGAUGAAAUUCACACACAAAGUUUCAGAUGAUGUUUUCUACAUAUGUCAUAAAAUUUUAUGAUGAUCCUUCUUUUCUUUUUUUUUUCUUUUGCAUAAUGAAGAUUAAAUCCUGCGGAUAAAAAAUGCACACCAGUUGUGUGCAGUGCAGAACAAUGAUACAUGUUCACUGACCACCAACAUGGUACGACAGCUGCAGGUGCAGAGAAGUGAUGGAGGAAAAAACUGAAUAACUAAAUCUAAAACAGAUCUCUGGGUGAAUGCAGCUCCCUUCCAGAUGGCAGGAGGAUAGAGGGACCAUCGUACCAAUCCAGUUCCAUGUAGAUAAAGCAGACAUAAACAUGCUUCAUAAUUUAUGCUUCAAUCCAUCUUUAACUUAGUCUGAUGAUCAGCAACACAAGCAAACAACAAGAGAUCAUGAAAGAAGAAAAAACAGCAAAUAUUUAAAGAAAAUCAGCUCCAUCUCUGACUCCCACCUGAAGCUGUGAUGUUCUCACAGGCAGCCAUUUAAAUUCCUAAAUUAUGUCGUCUAAAUUACAUUAAACAUGUUCACUAUUAAAACAUGGACACACCUGCACGUGAGCUUUGAUCUGGUCGGUGUGUAAGUACAUGGGGAGAUGGAUCAGGUAUUUUAGUUUCAUCCACAGACCGUGCUGCCACCUCAACCUCUGAUUCUGGGUUGUUUUAUCUGUUUUUGAGGUUUUGUUCAUCAUCAUGUCGUUGCCAUCUUGUUUUCCAGAAGCACACCGACACACAUUUAAAUGCAUGACACUGAGUCUCGGUGGAAAUAAAAUGUCAAAGACUGUCAGGACUCAAGCAUGUUGCAUUCACUUGGGCGGAGUUUGAUCAGUUUCUCUGAAAUAACUAGAUAAAUAUUCAUUAAAACAUAUUCUGUUUGUUUCAUCUGAAUUAAUGAGAUGAUUUUUUCAUUAAGUGACCCCCCCCCCCCCCCAAAGACUUCAUUUAUUUUACAGCUUUUGUGCCAUUUCACGUUGUUAUCAUAUAAAAAUGGUCAGGUUUAGUAUAAAACUAAAAGAUGGGAUUGUCAUCCUCUGUACCACCUGUUACUAUUUUUCUUAACACCUGAAUUUAUUUAGGACUAUAUAAGAACAAAAUAAAUAUAGGAAAAAAUUCAGGAAUUAGUUUUUUUUUCUCUUCAGCUGCUUGUUUUGUUGUAACCUCUGUCCCCACCAGCCCCUCCAACCUUGUAAAUUUACUGUUAGGUUGAAUAUUUUAAAAGCAAAUUUUGUUUGUGAAUUCUUCAAAAUUAUAAGUGAACAGUGGAGGGACGUUAAACUCGUCUCAUCAGGGAAAUGCCGUUCAUCUUUCUUGUAAAAAUGCUUAGAUUAAUAAACAUAACUAUAAAGAGAAAAUUAAAGAAGUAAUGAAUCAUUAACUCAGAGGAACAUUUGAGGUCUCCAGCUGAAUGUGAGUCGUCCGCUGUGGCCUGGCAUGGAAAUAAUUUAGUAGAUGUGUUAUAAAUAAAAUGUGCAUUAGCAUCUUUAGUUAGUCAGCCGUAACUUGCAGCUUUACUGCUGUCAACACACACACAGGGAAAAUGGACUGAUUUAAAAUAAUGAGUAAUGACUCAAAUAUCCCUAUUUUUCCAAUUGUAUGCACUUUAGAGACAUCCUGGGGUACUUUAUCAGCUUUCACAGUGAGGAGGAACUAAAUCAAAUAAAUGCUGCACAUUUCUAUCUUUUUUUUGCAUUAAAAAAUAGAUGUAAAUGAAACUAUGUGAUGACAAAUUUAAGAAGAAAAAAAAUUCUAAAUGACACAUUUUUUUUCUUUUCUUUCUUCAAGCUCCAUCUUUUAUUCAAGUAUAAGUUGGAAACUAUCUGGACUUUUCUAACAUGAUCAUUUUUCUUCUUUGGCUGAGGGACAUGCAUGUCGCUCGUUUUAUACUGAAUAAUGGAUUUAUUAAAGGUACCUUGGAAAAAUGCUUUGAUAUGUUAACUGUGACAUUUUUUCAUUAUAAGUUUUUCUUACUCAUAGGAAAGGAUCACUGAUGUCCAGAAAUAAGUAUAAAUGUAUUUGUUCAAUCAGCUGUAUUACCAGUAAAACUAGAUUUUGAGAAUC